AUGCAAGGCAACAAAGAAUACUGUGGCCUCGAAGAUUAUGGCCUGGUGGGCGACAUGCACACCUGCGCCCUGGUCAGCAAGAAUGGCAGCAUCGACUCCAUGUGCUGGCCGGUCUUCGACUCGCCCUCCAUCUUCUGUCGCAUUCUCGACAAAGCAAAGGGCGGCCACUUCUCCAUCACCCCCAGUCGUGGUCUGCACAAUCCCUUGAGCAAGCAGCGCUACCGCCCCUACACCAACAUGCUAGAGACCCGCUGGAUCCACGAUGAGGGAGUUAUCAACAUCCUCGAUUACUUCCCCGUCACCAAGCCCAAGUCGUCCCCCAAUCUCCCCGGGGAACCCCAUCAUGCUUGUCAUUCCGGUCUAAUUCGCAAGGCGGAAUGUGUGCGGGGCGAGAUGGACAUUGAGAUUGAGGUCUUUCCCGCCUUCAACUACGCCCGGGACUCUCAUACCGCUCAAUUGUCGCGAGGCGAUGGGGUUCAUCGAGCCCACUUUCAGUCGGCGGCCCAGCGACUCCAGGUCAGUCUGCUGGUCGAUGCUGGGGAAUUGGCCGCGGACGCACAACUGAAUCCGGAACUCCAGCUGUCGGAGCGACCGGGUCACCUGGGUCCGGGUUUGGUCGGCAAGGUUACCUUAAAGGAAGGCCAGUCGAUCACUCUACUCCUCCAUGAUCAGGAGUCAAUCACCUCCAAUGCCUUGGUGUUGGGCCCAGAGUUGAGACGGUUGGAGCGAACGACGGGCGACUUCUGGUCCGACUGGACCAGCAAAUGUACCUUCCGCGGACAUUACCGCGAACAAGUGGAACGAAGCCUCUUGGUUCUCAAACUACUCACCUACAAACCUACCGGUGCGAUCGUGGCUGCACCGACCUUUUCUCUUCCCGAGCACAUUGGGGGCACUCGCAAUUGGGACUAUCGCUACUCGUGGGUGCGUGACGCGGCUUUCACGGUCUACGUCUUUCUAAAGAACGGCUACCCCGAGGAGGCAGAAUCGUACAUCAACUUCAUCUUCGACCGCAUUUUCCCACCCUUGUCCCAGAACGCCAAGCCUGGAGAUCCGUUCUUGCCCAUCAUGGUCACCAUUCACGGCGAACGGGAGAUCCCCGAGAUGGAACUCGAUCAUCUCGAGGGAUAUCGAGGAAGCCGACCGGUGCGAAUUGGAAACGGGGCGGCCACCCAUAUCCAACUCGACAUUUACGGGGAGCUGAUGGACAGCAUCUACCUGUACAACAAGCAUGCCGCCGACAUCUCCUACGACCACUGGCUUGCUAUCCGUCGCAUGGUCGACUUUGUGAUUGAGGUUCGCCAUCAACCCGAUCAGUCCAUCUGGGAGGUCCGCGGUCCUCCGCAGAACUUUGUUUAUUCUAAGAUCAUGCUGUGGGUCGCGCUUGACCGCGGCAUUCGACUGGCGGAGAAGCGCUCGAACCUCCCCUGUCCCGCCCGGGCCCGGUGGGUGCAGGAGCGAGACGACUUGUAUGACGAGAUCAUGACCAAAGGGUACAACGCGGAAAAGGGUUUCUUCUGCAUGAGCUACGAGAACCGGGAUGCAUUGGAUGCGGCAGUUCUCAUUGCUCCGCUCGUCUUCUUCGUUGCUCCCAAUGACCCUCGUCUCCUGAGCACGAUCCAGAAGAUCAUGGAACCUCCGGCCCGGGGAGGAUUGAGUGUCGCCAGCAUGGUAUCGCGAUACGAUACGGGAAAGAUCGAUGAUGUAGGGGUGGGCGGGAACGAAGGUGCAUUCCUGAUGGUUACCUUCUGGCUUGUCGAAGCGAUGAUGCGCCAGCUGCGGAGAACGGCUACCUCACAGUUUGAUAGUAUCCUAUCGUUUGCAAACCACCUGGGCAUGUUCUCGGAAGAAGUGGCCUCAUCGGGGGAGCAGAUUGGUAACAUGCCGCAAGCAUUCAGUCAUCUCGCCUGUGUCAGUGCCGCGAUGAAUCUUGGGGGCGGAGAGAAAUGA